AUGAGCAGCAAAGGGUCAUCUAGUGUAAAAUCCGACCGGCGAGUAAUUACACAAGAAAUUCCACUGAGUGAUUUGAGUCAUGAAGUUUGUGUGGCUGUUACUCAAGCAUCGUACUGGGGAAAGUUAAUUGGGAAAAACAAUUCAAUCACAAUUAGUGUUAGUGGCAUGUAUAUUCCAAAAGAACUGUUGAAGUUAUGUAAUUAUCAGAGAUUAGCAUUAACAGUGCGUGGUUAUGACGAUGAUGGUUUGUUGAAAGCAAUAUGCCGUAUUAUACAGUAUGAUUUGGUAAAGUAUGAAAAAGUCGAUGAACCACAACUUAAUACAGAUAAAUCAGUAUCAGUAUUUGGCUCAUUGUACAAUUCAUUGGAAAAGCAAUUUAACACUGAGAUACAAAUGUUUGGCCAGAAGAGAUGCUAUAUUAAUGAAAUUGAACGUAAUUUACGAUGCAAUAUCAAUGUUGUUCCAUUAGGAAGUGAAAAAAGUCCUUUUUCACGUGUUCAAGUUACAAUACAACAUGAAUCGCUAGACGUAAUUGAUCUGGCCAUAUUUCGCAUACAAAAACUUGUUCUUCGUGCACAAAAUGACUAUGCCUCCGAGUUUGCUGCUUAUAUUGGUAGACAUCGAAAAAGUGAUUUGGUUCGACCAGUACCCAUUUUACCAGUACCAUUUUUUCCCCCUCUGACAACUCAACAUUCAGAUUUUAAAUCAUUAGCUGUUAACUCAUCAUCUUCAUACCCAUUAAUAACUGCAACACAGACCAAUAUUACAUCGGUACCUGGUGUAUCUACGUUACCGAAUAAUGGCUCUUCUUAUCAUCGGAAAAGUACUCACAGGAACGAUAUUAGCUCUCGCUGUUCAUCUUUAUCACCGAAUUCUGCACGUCGAGAACGUGCUAGUGAUCAGAAACGAUCAAGAAGUCGAAGUGUUCGAGUUAAGGAUGAUGAUCUACAAAUAGGAGACUUAUCCACAACAUACUCUGGGAGUAAAAAGCGGAAAUCAAUGAAGUCUGACAGUGAUAGUGAGGAUGUUAAAACCAUUAAAGCAGGAGAUCGCGAACGAGUUGCAUGUACUGUAGAUACUCCAGAUUCCGAUGCAACAGACGAUGAAUCGGUACAACGGCGAUCAAUUUAUGAAAUGCACGCACAGCAAGAGCUAUUAAAUCGUAUUCGACGUAGAAUUAUUGAAAAUCAACCACGAAAGAAUGAAGAGAUCAGUAGAAUUCAAACAUUUUUUCGUGAAGAAAAAAAUGCUCAUAAUGUAAUUAUUGAUCCAGCAAUUGAUUUACAAGAAAUAGAUGGACAUCCUUUUCGAAAGGGUGUAAGAUUAUGGAAGAAAACACUCGAAUUCAAUGGAACGUUAAGAUUUGUCAUGGAAUAUAAUCAUAAAUUAUCUGCAGCCAAAAAACUUGCCUAUGAAAAGUUAACUAAAAUGUGUAGAGAUGAACAACUACGUUUAACUGUUAAACCAACUGUCAAAGGAAAAUGGAAAGUGGUGAUGAAAGAAAAAUAG